CGAAACAGGUAAACAACUUGCAGAAGGAAACCGCCUUUAUAAAAUCUUUGAUCUUCUCUAACAAUACAAAACUAAACUCAAUUCUUUGAUCAGUAUAUCCAUUAAUACUUAUCACCUCUUUCGUUUUCUCUUCUUUUUAUCUUUUCUCGAAUAAUGGAUUCUUAUGGUAGAAAACCUUCAUCUAGCCACUCCUAUGCCCCCUCUGCACCAUCCUUGCCCGAGCAACAAGGCCACCCCUACAGCAGCUCUCCUCCUUCUUCUUCAAGUGACUUCAGGCGGCAGCAGCAGCAAUACCAGCAGCCGCCUCCUUACGGAGCUGGAUAUGGGCAGUCUGGAUAUUCACAUGGGUACUCUGAUUUUCCAGCAGGAACACACCCAGAUGUGAUUAGGAGCUUCCAGAUGGUGGAUAGAGACAGAAGUGGGUUUAUUGAUGAAAAUGAAUUGCAACAAGCUCUCUCCUCUGGUUAUCAUCGGUUUCAUAUUAGGACUAUUAGACUUCUCAUGUUUCUCUUCAAGAACCCUCAUGAUCCUCUGCGAAUUGGGCCCAAAGAGUUUGCUGCUUUAUGGAGUUGUUUGGGUCAAUGGCGGGGGAUAUUUGAGAGAUAUGAUAAAGACAGGAGUGGGAAAAUCGAUUUGUUUGAACUGAGGGAUGCUCUCUAUGGCAUUGGGUAUGCAAUCCCUCCUUCUGUUCUUAAAAUUCUGAUUUCCAAGUAUGAUGAUGGAAGUGGCAACAAGAUUGAACUCAAUUUUGACAGUUUUGUUGAAUGCGGCAUGAUAUUGAAGGGUUUGACUGAAAAAUUUAAGCAGAAGGAUUCACGUUAUACUGGGACUGCAACAUUCAACUACGAUGAAUUUAUGUCUAUGGUCAUUCCUUUUCUUGUAUCAUAUGAUUGAUCGCGGAACUCCUCAUGUAAUUACCUUCUCUUGUGUGGUCUUUUUCUGCUUUGUCACCCUCCAGAUUUGUAGUCAUUAAAUUAUUUUGUUUGGUGCUUGAGAAGAUUUUGUCCUUUUGGGUUCAGUUUAUUAUUUUUGUAAGAAUGUGAAUAGAACUUUUUUUCUUUUUUUGGUUACAUAUGUGAAUAGAAAUUUGAUUGUCUGUCAACUACGACUAAUUCUGAACCUUUUCAACAUGUGUUUAAUAUUUAUUUUUAAGAGAAUCUUCACUACAUUUCUGGUGUUUU